ACCGGUGGGGACGGGGCGGGGCGCAGCUUUGCGGAGCCCUGGCGCAGCGCUGGGGAGGGGGGGCGGCCGAAAGGGGGGCGGUGGUCGGGCCGCGCAGGCGGAGAUGGAAUGGGGCCCGGGCUCAGACUGGUCACGGGGGGAGGCUGCCGGCGUGGACCGUGGGAAGGCGGGGCUGGGGCUCGGCGGGAGGCCACCCCCGCAGCCGCCCCGGGAUGAGCGCGCCCAGCAGCUGCUGGACGCGGUGGAGCAGCGGCAGCGGCAGCUCCUGGACACCAUCGCCGCCUGCGAGGAGAUGCUGCGGCAGCUGGGCCGCCGGCGCCCGGAGCCGGCUGGUGGCGGGAACGUCUCAGCCAAACCUGGAGCGCCCUCCCAGCCAGCUGUCUCCACCAGAGGUGGCUUUCCAAAGGAUGCUGGCGAUGGAGCUGCGGAGCCCUGACCAUCUCCGAGCGGGGCGCCCUGACUUCUCUCCCUCCCCGGGGCUGGUGGCUGGACUCUGAACAACUCCCUUUCAAUAAAGGGGCCAGUCUUCACUGGCAGUGGCUGGUAUUUGGCUCUCAGCCUGGGGUGGCAGCUCUGCUGGCAGCUGGGUUCACUCCCACUUCAUCCUGGCCGAAGGCAGUGCUGAGCUUUGAAAUGUAGCCAGCGAAUACCCAGUCUGAUUAUCCGGAUUUGGGCAGGCCAGCAGUGCUUGCCAGAGUGGUCUGGCCUGCUUUGUGGGAUCCAGGUGGUGUUACAUGUCCAUUUCAUGCUUUGGGGGCUCUUAGCCCCAGGAAACACUUUUAGCAGAGCCUUGAUUAAAAGGAAACCUGCAGACUCUC